AAAGGGUUUUCCUGACAGGUCGGCUGUGAUUUUUCUGACACUUCUGGCCGUCGCUGUGCUUUUUUGUGACAUUUUUAUCUCUUGCCAAUGGAUGCGCAUAAAAGGAGUUUAUGUGUGUCCUAGUCGGUCAAUGUUAAACGCAUCUCCGGCUUCACCCAGUCAGUCCAUGGCCGAUCAGCAUGAGUCCAUCGAUCUUACUCCUCCUCCAGCGGACCCGUCAGCAGCUGCAGGACACAGCUGGUUCCCUGGACCCCCUCCACCCAUGUACUCCUGCACCCUGACCCCAGAGCUGGUGCACAAGGCACGGGAGGAGCUCCAGGAGAAGCCAGAGUGGCGUCUGCGUGAUGUCCAAGCAUUGAGAGACAUGAUAUUGAAGGAGCAGCCAAAUCUGAGGACACGGCUGGACGACGCCUUUCUCCUGCGCUUCCUGCGGGCCAGGAAGUUCGACUACGACCGUGCCCUGCAGCUGCUGCUCAACUACCACGCAGGCCGUAAGGCUUGGCCAGAGGUGUUCCAGGACCUGAAGCCGUCUACAGUGAAACAUGUCCUGGAUCUGGGCUUCCUCACAGUGCUGCCACAGCCGGACCCCAACGGCAGAUACAUCCUCUGUCUGCGGCCGGGAAAAUGGAAACCGAAUGACUAUCCGUUUGUUGACAAUGUGAGGGCCCUUUAUCUGACUCUGGAGAAGCUGAUUCAGCCGGAGGAAACGCAGGUGAACGGUAUCGUCAUCUUGGCCGACUACACCGGCGUGGGCAUGUCACAAGCGUCCAAUCCAGGCCCGUUCCUCGCCAAAAAAGUUGUGAGCAUCCUGCAGGACGGGUUUCCAAUCAGAAUCAAGGCCGUGAACAUCAUAAAUGAGCCCAGGAUUUUCAAAGGCAUCUUCGCUAUAAUUAAACCUUUUCUGAAGGAGAAGAUGGCAGAGAGGUACAUCCUCCACGGCUCAGACCUGCGCUCUCUGCACCGCAACAUCCCAAGGUCGGUUCUGCCGGAGGAGUACGGCGGCACGGCGGGCCAGCUGGACUUGUGUGCCUGGUCCAGAGUGCUCCUGGACUGUGAGGAGGAGUUCAUAGUGGAGUUCUGCCAGCCGGAUCCACUAGAGGGCGUGGUGCUCCCAGACUCCAUGCUGUUUGAGGGUGAGCAGGCCAGCGGGCAGGACGACGACACCUUCAGGGGGCUGCGCUCGCAACUUUACUACUGUUACUGACGCCGUCACCGAGAGGACGUUUUCUGUUUCAUUGGAAACGAGUGUGUAGACUUUUACAGGGCAAGUUGCCAAUAUUAUACAUGAUUUAUUUUACUAACUAAGCAGCACUGCUAUAGGUGGAUAGUUUAAUGUAGUUCAUGCGUAGCCCGGCGUACAUUCAUGGUUCCAAGGCAGCUGCAGGCUUCUGACUCGAGCCGAUGCAUGUUUGGCCAUUACUGAUGGCCCCUCUAAGGUGUUAUUUCUGGAAUUUAAAGGAUAAAUUCACUUUUUUUUUUACAUAAUCAGGCACCUAUAUGUACAGAGAAGCAGGUUUUUCUUGUAAUCAUUCCUCCUGUCCACACUGACCAUUAACCCUUUGAAAGCUGAGUGAACUGGUUUGAUUUCUUUCAAGAACACGGGGAAAA